GAGCUACGCUGAGCAUUUUUUAGCAGCGAAAGAAAUUUGUAAAGCAAAACUGUGGAAACAAAAAGCAUUGAUUUCUUUGUACUUUUUCUUGGAAGUAGGGGAGAAAUAGAAAAGAGAACAAGGCAUGAACCUCGAAAUUUCAAUUUGAAGAAACGGAGUCUCCUUAUAUCCAACAGAGCCGAAUGAUAGUUAUGCUUUCAGCUAGAAGAAGUCAGCAACAACGCAACAAGCGCGAUAUUUCGCAACUUCAACAUUUCUGCCAAUUCAAGAUGUUUGUCUUUACUUUCCUGCAUUGAAACCGUGUGGGGGAAUAAGCGAUCGCAACCCAGGAAGCAGCGCUGCUGCUCGAUGGGUUUGCGGGUACCACAGCCCGUCGUGAAAAGCCACAAUAUCAUCCCGUGUUAGGCAGAACCUAACCAAGACAAGAACGUUUGCUCUCCGAGAAGAAUCCUCUUUCUCUUCGACGCACGUUGAAGUUCAUAAAUGUACGAGGUGGUACUGGCACAAGACGCGAAUAAUAGCCACGACCUCCGAAGGAGAAAAGGCAUUGACUUCUACAGAAGGGCAGAACAAAAGAAUACAUUGAAUUCUACCGGCUGCGCCUCCACGUUUCGAAAAAAAAUCAGAACAGAGCGAGAGAUCCUGUCCUACACCGGUGGAAGUAAAGCAGGUAGCAAGUCUGAGUAGGUUUGUCGACCAGAUAAAAGCAGGAAUAAGUUUCGAGCGCACUGAGAGAAGGUCAGUGAGGUCGAUCGCCUUCGAUUCCAAUCACGACUACAUCCUCCGGAGCAAUCAGCGGCAAUCGAGAUCGCUGCUGUUCGACAUCAAUUCGUCCCUUUUCAACCUCACUAAUAGAGGACACCUACAAGAUGACAACGCCAUUAAAGCCGCAGGCUAAACGGCGUUGUUGGGCCGAUGAGAGCGAAGAUCUAGGCUCUCCAGAUUUCGGUCCAAUGACUUUCACACCCAAACUUCAAGAGACUGAACAGUUUUCGUUAAACGACUCCCAGUCGACUGCUGGUGCCGCUGGAGGUGAUGGGGUACACUCGUCCUUCAUCUUUGUUAGUGUCUCAUCUUUAAUGUUUUUUAGUCUUGAUAAUAUUACACCAGUAAGUAUGUGACACACUGACACUCGCAUCUCGCACGAUAAUUCAUUCAAAAAUGAAGUUGCACAUGAAACUUUCAUGGUUACUUGUAUGUACUUGUCUUGUAUCAUGAAGCAAUGACUAUGACACAGUCUAGGAAAUAGAAGAAGACCCCAUUUAAGUCUAUCUGUCAUGACAUCCAUCUCCAAUAUAGAAAGUUUACGCCGUUGAAGUGUGGGAAGUUACGGAAAGUGUUAUGCCAGCGGAUAUAGAGCGCUGGUUCAAGAGUUUUGGUGUUGAGACACAGAAUGCUUGCAGAAAAGGAAAAUCUGCAACAUCAAAAACCAAGGACGAAAUUUGGUACGAAUUCUUGAUAUUCUACGUGUUUAUCUUCAUUUGUUUUCCCUUUGCCUUUAUCUUCAUCAGUUCCUUCUUGUGCUGAGAAACUAGUAACUAAGUAGAACUCAUUUAUUAGUCGUUCUACGUCUUCUUCUAGUAGUUGUAAAGAUAAAGUAGGUUUUUGUUGAUGUGCUAAGAAGUCUAUUCAAUGCCCAAAUACCUCCACAACGACACGUCCUUCUAUCUUGACUACUAAGCUGCCUUCUCUACAGCCUUCACGUAACCCUUGCAAACGAGGAGGCAUACAAAAAAGCAAUGAAAUUGACGGGAGCGAAACUCAACAAGGGUGUUGACCCGACUCAAAGUUUCAUCAGAAUACUGGAACCCAACAGCGCCCUCGUUGACAUACCAAUGUACUACUUUAAGUACAUAAACUUAUCGAUGGAAGAUUAAGUUGAAGAUGCUGAAGACUCCUCAGGUAGUAGUUGUACCAUUACCAACCUCAAGGAUUUGAAGUGUCUAGUUCCUAAUGCAGUGACGAUCACGAUGAUAUGACCAUUUAUAUUUGAUGUUCUUCUGAUAUGCUGUUUGAAGUAAUUUCUAUUUUUAAAAACUUUCUUGCAGCGACGCACCAAUUGAGCAAGAACGCGGUAAGAGCAGAAAAGGACGUGGUGGCAAGGGAAAUUCAAAAAAUCAGCAAUACAACAAUGGAAAUGGCAGAGGUACUUGCUUUUUCGUUUCGAUUAUCAUCAAUACCUAUCUUCGGGUUCGGCCUGUGUGCUCCACUCGAAGGUCGAACCAACGGAUUUAAGUGCUCAUACAGUGAACCCGCAACGAGGUUAUGAACAAGUGCUUCGAGGCGAUGAACCAUAUCGAGAUCCAAUAUGAGGUGCAUCAGAUCAGACGUGAUCCGAAAACACAAAAUGGUCAAGCUAGACUCAUGUCAGCUUGUCCAAACAAACUUCAACUUGACCUAAACGGUGAUCCAAAAAUAUGCACGAAUAUGCGAGGGCCGGGGUUUUAGUUCCACCUGCGAAUGAAAUUCAACUUAAACUUAAAGGAGAAUCAAUUAUAAUCGAAGACAGCAAAUCUGAGCAAUCGCUUCCAUCCACCUCUCUUUUUCCAUUUCCACCUAUCAUGGUCAAAACAAAACAAAAUUAUGGUCCUUCCCUUAUAUACUUAGAUCAUGACUUUGGUUAUCAUGGGUCGGCCUUGCUGUCUCCGAAGCAACGAAAUGCGCCACUGCCACGAAGUCCGCAGACUAUGGAUUGGCGUGGGGGCAACCGUGCAAAGAAUAAGUUCCAUGACGAUCACCCGGACCACUAUAUAAAUUUGCAAUAUCAGCAUGGUAGUGGUCAGCCGCAGCAGCAACAUAGUUCCGGUGGACAAGGACAAGGACACGGUGGACAGCACCACCAGUCACCCCAUUUGCUGGCAUCUAUCGCAGGAAAUAACUCUUCCGGCGGCGGUGGGAUGUUGAACAACAUGCACAGCGGGGGACAUGGACCACAGGGCCAGCAUGGAUCGCAUGUGUCGCCACCUGGACCUCAGGGAAUGAUGCAUCAUGGAAGCUCCGGAGGAUCCUACAAUAUCAAUAUGGGAGGUGGUCAACAUGCUCAACAUGGGUCGUCUGCCUCUAAAGGUGGUGCAGGGUCUGGCUCGGCGCAACAGCGAGGAAGCCAAAACUAUGGCGGCGGAUAUGGACUUGGACCCUCAUCUUCUGGAGCAAGUGGGUACAACAGUGCUUCUAUGCACCAAGGUCAACUUCCCGCUGGAGGAGCUCGGACGGGCAAACAGUGUCCGAAUGGGACUUCCAUGACCAGCACAGGCUCGUGCAGCACGCUUGGCCCGAACAACAAUGGUAAUACGAUGGCUGGCGGCACCAGCGGAUCCCAAAACCAGCAAAAUAAUGUGAGUGGACAGCACGCAGAGCAGCAAACACCUCAAAGAGGAGCGACUAAUGGAGACAACCAUCAUCUUGAUCUUGGCCGCCAAGGAAGCGGACUUCCUAUGCCACCAGUACCCGCCGGUGGAGGACGCCCGCAGGAGCUACGCCUAGACAACAAUUUGGACUAUAACCCUGCUUCCACCGUCGUUUACAACCUCCCAACAAAUCUACCCCAUGGAUACAACAUGCCACCGCCUCCGGUUGUCCCCCAUAACACGCCGCCGACCAAACGCAAAUUCUCUGGUGAGGCUCAUAAAUAUCAAUCAACAUCGUCAUCGUAGUUAUCGAAAAUGAGGAUGACUAAGACGCUCAUAAAAUAUGUAGUAAAAGACUAAGAUAGAUAAUUUUAGGUACCAUGGCUUUGUUGAUCGAAUGUAAUAUGUUGAAACAAUUUUCACAUAUUUAAGUAAGAACGCCAUGUGCUGCAUGUUUCUUUUAUUUUAGCUUUUGAGAGAAAAAGGAGAUCUCACAACACGCGCAACAGGGUCAAUUGGAUCUUUCACGUAUUUGUUCCUGAUCACGGAUCCUCACCUUCAGAUGAGCUGCAAGUAAUUGGAAGCCUCGGGAGAUGUAACUUAGAUCAUGAAAAGGAUCUUGAUCCCACGUUCUUUUGUUCUCGACUCAGUCCAUUCUUUCGCUAGACGUGUAAAAAAAAAAUUGAUACCCAGCUAGCCUCUGUUACCGAGUCUGGUUUUUGGUUCUGUUGUACUAGUACCAUCCAGAAGAUGAAUUCAAGAAUGACGAAGAUAAAGAUUGUCUGCAGUCAGUAGAAAAGAAGAAGGCCUCCCGCUUCCACCUCGAAUUUAACAAUCCAAAAAGUGUUUUUUUCAAUAACCACAGGCGUGAGCCACAGCCAUUACAGCGAGCAAGACGGAAGGUAUGGCGACCAUCACGACAAGCAGUCAUCUUACGGUGGUGGUGGUGGAAACUAUUCGUCCUCUGCAUCGAAGAGAAACCACGAUAAUAGGUAUGGUGGAGGCUACAACGACAACGACUAUGGUUAUUACAAUAGAACCACCUCUCACACAGCACAUGGUGCCAAAGACACUAGCGCAGGAAGCAGUAGCGGUGGUCACAAGGGUACUUGACAUUUAUCUCAUCAUCGUUGUCUGAAUAUAGGUUUCCUUGUUGACUAACUUUGUAACUCUACGAACCCAAUAUUGAAGAAUUUUCCUGUGCAUUCAUCAAAAUUUUGAUGUUCUCACUUGAUUGCGCCCUGAUGAUGCAUGGGGCUUAUACUAGAGCUUGUAAGCCGCCCCAUAUUUUCCUGGCUGCACUUUAUCUCGACCACCAGGCCGGGGUAACAAGGGUGGCGGCGGCAACUGGGGUAACGCGCAGAAAGACCAGAAUCAAAGCGGAGCGAGUGCAAGCUCUAGCAAGCAAGAUGGCGGAAAGCAAUCUCAAAACAAUGAGGGCAAUUCCGCAGCGACGAAGGCUUCAGCCCAGUCAGGAGGUACGAGUACAGAUGGAGGAGCGGGGGCCGCACCAGGUGGCUACAGAAGACUCGCGUUGAAGCCACGAACAGUACCACUCGAGCAAGUCGCCAAAGGCGAUCACCUCGAUUGCUACCUCGAGGCUAGACAGUACAUUUAUUUCCCUCUGGUCCAUCUUCUUGCAGCAGGUACAUAGCCGAUGACGUCAAUUUCUAUUAGUGACAUUCUGAAGACACCUUCAUUUUUCAUCAUAAAAAAAACAUUUUGUACUUGUACUUCACUUCAUUCUUUAUCUUCAUGAUCUUUGACUGGAACGACAGGGCCACUUCGAAAUCAGGGGAAGGCGAAAAGGAUGGUGCACCGGGUGAUUCCACGACUCCUGGGGCAUCCUCCGCGCCUUCUCACUCGACCACGGCCGGCACGUCAUCCAACCAACAAACAGGCAAGGGGACGCCAGCUGGUACUACGAGGUUUGUAGUGUCACAGUUAGUGUCCUCAUUUUUCUGACAUUGUGAUGAGCCAAAAUUUCUGAUGUCAGUAAUCGUUGUUCAAUUGCUAGUUGUUAUUGUCUGCUUAUAGUCAAGAGUAUUUUCUUUCCGUUUUUGCCUUCACCAGAUUUGUACUCAAGUUUUGAUUCGUCGCGCUCAGAAGCUGAGCAGCAGUCUGUUGGCGGCUCCGUUGCUGGCGGCGCCAACGACAACCAGCAGAACGCCCAGCAGGCAGCCUCUACUCCCUCCACUGGAGGAGGUGGUGGCGGACAGCCGCGAAACCAAGGCGGCAAGCGAAACCAAAUGCAGCAGUGGAACAAUAACUGGUCUGAAAACCAAGAAUGGACAGAUAACUCCGGAUGGCAUCAGCAAAACAAUAGACACCAUCAUGGCGGGGGAAAGAACAAGCAGGGCGGCGGUGGUGGAAAGCAUGGUGGAGGUAUAAACGUUGUUUUCCAGUGGUUCCUUUGUUUUGUACUGUGGUCGAGAAUUUUCUUAUUAUUCGCAAGUGUUAGUGUAAUUCCAAUAACAUACUCAACAACAAGAGACGAAUACUACAACAAGAAUCUAUAUUACAAUGUAGGUACGACUAUACUAUAGACAUAUUCAUAAUGCACAAUCUUUUCACUGAUUUCAGGUGGUGCAGCGCCUUGGGGUAAGCGUAGCGGAGACAGUCCUGAUGGCCGAAAUUUGAGCGAGCAAGACUACCCUUCUCUGUCCCGAGCCGACGCAGACCAAAGCUGGCGAAAAUGA